GGCUCCGGCUGGUAACUCUGUUUUCGUUCUUUGGGUAGUGUCGUCCUACCGAUAUUAACAGCUCUUUUCCAGCAACUGGGGAAAGAAUUUUUUUUCUUCAUAAAAGCUCUUGGCAUAGCCAGCAGCUUAAAACAUUUCCAGGCAUCUUUUCGAAAGUAAAGAUUGCUUUGUGGGCAUCUUUUUAAUUUUGUUUUUAAAUCCCCACCUGCUUCAGGACACUUUCCUUUUUUAAGGAAGAGUGAAACCUUAGCUUUUUGUAAAGGGUGCUUCUUGGAUUUGGGGUUUCGUUUUGUUCAAGCUUCCUGAGCCGACACAGCCUAAUCAUGGUGAUGUUCAAGAAGAUCAAGUCUUUUGAGGUGAUCUUUAACGACCCCGAGAAGGUGUACGGCAGCGGCGAGAAGGUGGCCGGCCGGGUGGUCGUGGAGGUGUGCGAAGUCACUCGAGUCAAAGCCCUGAGGAUCCUGGCUUGCGGGGUGGCCAAGGUCUUGUGGAUGCAGGGAUCGCAGCAGUGCAAGCAGAGCCUGGACUACCUGCGCUACGAGGACACGCUCACCCUGGAGGACCAGCCCGCAGGUGAGAACGAGAUGGUGAUCAUGAGACCUGGAAACAAAUAUGAGUACAAGUUCAGCUUUGAGCUUCCUGAAGGGCCUUUGGGAACAUCUUUCAAAGGAAAAUAUGGGUGUGUAGACUACUGGGUGAAGGCUUUUCUUGAUCGCCCCAGCCAGCCAACUCAAGAGACAAAGAAACACUUUGAAGUGAUGGAACUGGUGGACAUCAAUUCCCCUGAUUUAAUGGCACCCGUGUCCGCUAAAAAGGAGAAGAAAGUUUCUUGCAUGUUCAUUCCUGAUGGGCGUGUGUCUGUCUCUGCUCGAAUUGACAGAAAAGGAUUCUGUGAAGGUGACGAUAUUUCCAUCCACGCCGACUUUGAGAAUACAUGCUCCCGCAUUGUGGUCCCCAAAGCAGCCAUUGUGGCCCGCCACACCUACCUUGCCAAUGGCCAGACCAAGGUGCUCACCCAGAAGUUGUCAUCAGUGAGGGGCAAUCACAUUAUCUCGGGAACAUGUUCCUCAUGGCGAGGCAAGAGCCUUCGGGUUCAGAAGAUCAGGCCAUCUAUUCUGGGCUGCAACAUCCUUCGAGUUGAAUAUUCCUUGCUGAUCUAUGUGAGCGUCCCUGGCUCCAAGAAAGUCAUUCUUGACCUGCCCCUGGUGAUUGGCAGCAGGUCGGGUCUGAGCAGCCGGACAUCCAGCAUGGCCAGCCGAGCUAGCUCUGAAAUGAGCUGGAUAGAUCUAAACAUCCCUGAUACCCCAGAAGCUCCUCCUUGUUAUAUGGAUAUAAUUCCUGAAGACCACCGAUUGGAGAGCCCCACCACUCCGCUACUGGAUGACACGGAUGGGUCUCAGGAUAGCCCUAUCUUCAUGUAUGCUCCCGAGUUCAAGUUCAUGCCACCACCCACAUACACUGAGGUGGAUCCUUGCAUCCUCAAUAACAAUGUGCAGUGAGCGCGUGGAAGAAAAGAAGCAGCUGUACCUACUUGUUUCUUCCCACCUCUCUUCUGGACUCAGUUCUUUAGAGACUCCGUAGUCUCUGCAGUGGGGUACGAGUCCCCCCAGCCUCAGACUCCCCAGUGCUCAGGCCGUGACCAGCAGGCAGUUUUCGGGCCUCAGGCAGUUUUCGGGCCUCAGCGUGGACUCGUCCUCAGCCCGCACCAUUGUUGGGAUGUAGGAGUGUUUGCUGGAUGGGUUGAAAAACACACUAGAAAAAUUCAGGCCCAUUCCGUUUUUUUCAGAUCUCCUUGAAAAUUGAGGCAUUUUCACUGUUUUGAUCAGGGCUAGAAAUGCACGCCCGACACGGUUCUCCCAAGGUUGUUGUUUUUUUUUUUUAAGGGAAUUGCAGAUUGUUAGAAUAACAUCAAACUCCAGACUCUUGUGCCAUAUGAGUCAGUUUAGUAAACUCAGCAAAAGAGGUUUUUAAAGUCAGUGUUCAUUUUGUUUUGUACACUUACAGAAAAAAGAAAACCACUCUAGGGCUGAUUGGGCUUGAGCUCUACAGAGUGCUUCUCCUUUGAGUUCCAGGAAAGCUCUGAGGUGUCUGCUUGGAAUACAAUUUAACCUGGUGUAAAACAGUAGCAACUACGCCCCACCAAAGGUCUUUUAAAGCCAUUUUUUUAGAGCCUUAUUGCACUGUUCUUUUGCAAACCUACAUACGUGGGAGAAUCUGUUUUUUUCAUGUGAUUCCUUGGAACUGAUUCCAAGGUGAUGCUCUCAGCACUUUAGUUCCUAUCAUUUUUUUUCUAUUUCUGUUUUUUCCUCCCCAUCUCAAAUGUAAGCUACUAGUCUCUAGGGGGAAGCAUAAUGACACAGAUGUGUUAGUAUUACUUUUGAGACUUUGUCCCAGUGUGUAGAAUUGUGUAAUUCUGACACUAAUCAUAUAAAGGGUUGCUGCCCACUGUGACUUCUGUAAACCCCAAGGAGGGACUCUGGAACAAAUGCCCCAACACUGUGAUCAGAGCCUCCAGACACUGCCAAGAGAAACUAGAGGGUUCCUCGGGCCCCCUUUCCCGCCCAGUGUUAGGAGAAGGGGAUGCCAGCCUCUCUCUUUACUGUAGCAACUAGCGCUUGAUCAGUACCCCUCAGCCAAAGCACUUUGUUCACUGUCCUGUGUCAGAGCACUGAGCUCCACCCUUUCCUGAGAAUUAGCCAGAAAGUAUGAGGGCUGAAGGUGGUGGUGGUAUUGUUUUUAUAUUUUGUGUAACUUUUUGUAUGAUGAAAACUAUAUUUUAUACUUAACCAGAUGUAUUUUGACCCCAAGUGGGGGUGUUUGUAAAAAAUUAAAAAAUAAAAAGUUUUUUUAAUGGCAAAAAA